AUGCGAUGGCAGGACGGACCCGGACGUGAUGGCGAUGCUUAUGAUUUCACGAAGAGUGUUGACCAGGUGGAUGUGUUCAUCAGCCACUCAUGGAGUGCUGGGCGCUGGGGCAAGACCUUAGCGGUGUGCUUUCAUCUCAACGGAGGCGUGGCAGCGAAAUCCGCUUUGGUUGCAGCAGCUGCUGGAGCUUUGUGCCUUGCAGCAACUGGCGAUGUGAACAACCUCGUGAGCAGCCCCUACCUUUUCCUCUUGGCGGUUGACUUGCCACUGCUGGUAUUCUUUCUCAGCUUCUUCUUUGCGCAUGUGUGUGGGUGCGCCUCCCCAACUAUGUGGAUCGACUCGUUGUGUAUCCCCCAAACGAACGAGGCUUUGAAACAAGAGGCAAUUUCAAUGCUUCCUGCCUUUGUGAAGUGCUCAUCGGAGAUGCUCAUCCUAUGGGACAACACCUACUGCGAUCGCUUGUGGCGUUGCAUGGAGAUGUCUUUAUACCUGAAGAAGGGUGACCUCUCCAAGCUACACGUUGUACCCGUCUGGCUGGCGCCCUGGCUUCUUUGUACGAUGUUCCUGGAUUGGUUCUGCACACGGCUCACGUUGCCUCUGGUCUUUUUUCUAUGGAGCGGCGAACAAGAGGGAAAUCAGGGGUCCGUCUCCCGCUGUGGCAUUCUUGCAGCGUACGUGCAGCUGUGGAGUCUCCUUCUAGUAUCCUUUGUCGCAAAGAUCCAGCAGCACCAAGCCAUGCUCGAGCAGUUGCGGGCUUUUGACAUUCGUUCUGCCAAGUGCAGCUUUGAGCAGGAUCGCACGUUGCUGGAGGCCAUCGUUGCCCGGGUCUAUGAUGGGAUCGACGACGCCCCGAUCAGCGUCGUUUUCAGCGCAGAUGAGUCUUCCCCUGAGGCUGACCCCGCAGCUCUUCUGCUGCCUGCAGAGGCAGCAGUCCUCCGAGACGACGCAGUCCGGAGGGUCACAAGUUAUCCACAGUUUGAGGAGUGCCUGGAGAUCUUCAAUGACCAGGACCCUUAUGGUAGCCCUUAUAUACGCCCUUAA